AUGGUAAGGCAACAUCGACCCACACGGGCACCAAACCCACCUGCAGCAGAACCAGCAGCAGCAACAGCAGGAGCAGCAGCAGCUGGCCCGUGUUCUGUAGUGAGCAGCAGCGGAAACCGCGCAGAUGUUUCUGGGUCGCCUGCAUUCCGGCUUCAGCGGCUGCUACUGCCUCACCAGCAGCAGCUCAUCUCAACAGCAGCAAGUGGCAAGGCGCCUUUGAACCCACAAAGAAACCAAAAUGCUGCUGCUGCAACUGCUUGUGCUGCUGCUGCUUCUGCGGACAAGCCCUUAUACUGCAGCAGCAGCAGCGAUGACGAGAUUGAAGAGUGCACGCAGAGGCAGCGCAGGAGUAGCGGCUGCUGCUCCGCAGCAGCAGCAGGUGGAACAGCAGCUGCAGCAGCAGCUGCAGCAGUAGCAACAGCGACAGCAGCGACGCCUUCUACAGCUGCGACGCCUAGAGAGCUCAGCCCGCAGCAGCAGCAGCAGCAGCAGCAGCAAAAGCGCUCACCGGAUUGUGUAGAUGCCCCAAAGGGCGGAGCAGAUAACAAACGAAUUCGCCUGGCUGCUGCUGCUGCCGCUUGCAGCAGUAGCACUGACAGCAGCCAAGAGGCCUGCAGCAGCAACACUUUGCCUUGCAACGACUUGCAGGGGUCAUCUCGCUGCAGCAACAGCACUUCCCAAGCCUGCUGCAGCAGCAGCAGCAAUAACGAAGACGCCGGAGCCCUACAAACAGCGGCGGCAGCUGCUGUGAAUCAGCUUUCCAGAUUGCUACUGCUGCUGCUGCAGGGCAGCAGGAACAAGGUAAGGCGAAACGAUCAAGCAAACUCCGCAAGUGCAGCAGCAGUAUCAGCAGCAGCAGCAGCUGCUGCUGCUGCAGCACGGGCCGACCCUUCUGUGGGGGAGGCCUUGAAGGCUGCGCUGGGAUCUGUAAAAGAUCUGCUGCCUUUGCUACGUCCCCCUCCAGCACCGGAUACAGCCUUGUUUCUUGAGCUGCAGCACGAGGAAAAGCGGCUGCAGAAACGUGAGCAGGAUAAGCAGCAGCAAGAGCAGCAGCAGGUGCAUCAGCAGCAGAAAACAGAACACCUUUUUUCGGAGGAGGAAACAACCAAUACCUCUGCAAAACUCGGCGACGAAUCCCAUUGGAUCAUCAGCAGCCCUAGUGACCAAACAGACGAGGAAACAGCAGCAGCAGCAGCAGCAGCAGGAGCAGGACGGGCAGCAGCAGCAAUGCGAGACGCAGCUGCCGACGGCGUCACGUCUGAAGACUCAGCAGCAGAUGGCGCAGCAGCAGCAGACAUUACAGAUGAUGAUGACGCAGAUGAAGACUCGACUUUGAUCGGAGAGAGUUGGCCUUCAUCCGCUGCUGCUGCUGCUGCUGCUGCUGCGAACGACAAGCUCUGCAGCAGCAGCAGCAGCGGCCCCCCCAGCAGCCGCCUUUGGCGGCGGCGCCGCAGCAGCAGCAGCAGUUACUGCGAGGCACUGUUCAGCUCAGACGACGAGUCCGUCGCUUCAAAUGGGCAGCAGAGGCAGCAGCAGCGACAGCAGUGGCCGCGACAGCGGCAGCAGAAGCAGCAGCAGAAGCAGCAGUCCUCCCAAAUGAGUUCGGCAUCUUCCGUUUCCCAGCACAGCAGCAUGAGUAGCAUCAGCAGCAGCAGCAGCAGCAGCGUGCUGGGCGGCGCCCGCAGCCUUAGCAGCAGCAGCAGCAGCAGCAGCAGCCAGUUGGGCAUAUCGUCUGACUGCAACACUGCCUCAGGUGCUGCUUACUGCGCGUUCGUCUCCUGGUGGAGCGCAGGAGGUGCUGCUGCUUUUCCUGCUGCUUCGCUGAAGGCGCUGCAGCAGCAGCACCAAAUGUCUCUGUCUUCGUUCUUCUCCACGGACACGCCUUUGGCCCGGCAGGCUCUCCAGCUAAAUAGGCAGAUAUUUAAGCACGACUCCCUGAGGGGACUGCAACUUCCCGCCAUUUCCGCCGUCUGCAGCGGCAAAGACACUUUUGUCGUGAUGCCGACGGGUGGAGGCAAGAGCUUGUGCUACCAGUUGGCCGCGCUGCUGCUGGGUGGCGUCUGUGUAGUCGUGUCUCCGCUGCUGGCGCUGAUGGAAGACCAGCAGCGGCACAUGCAGCAAAAGGGUCUUUUUGUGGAAAGGCUGGAUGCCUCUUUGUCUAAGCCUGAGGUGCGUCGGGUAUACGCAGACCUCCGCAGCAAAAGCCCCAAGACUCAAGUGCUGCUGAUAACUGCCGAGAGGCUCUCGCGUUCUAAGCGGCUGGCCGAGGCCAUGGCGGCUCUCCACAGCCGCCGCCUUCUCCGCCUGUUUGUGGUUGACGAGGCUCACUUGGUGUCUCAAUGGGGCGAGGACUUCCGUGAGGAGUAUUUGUCGGUAUCCUUUUUGAAGACAAAGUAUAGAGGCGUGCCCAUAAUGGCUCUCACUGCGUCGGCCUCCCCUGAGCUGGAGCGCCGCGUGCUGUCUUUGCUGCGCAUUUCCGUUUGCUGCUCAUUUCGCAUGAGUUGCGACCGCCCGAAUUUGUUCCUGGAGGUCCACCGCAAGACGAAGGAAACUGUGGCUUUUAUUGCUGCAGCAGUUUCCUCUCCGCCCCUCGCCGGCUGCUGCGGCAUUAUCUAUUGCCUUUCCACAAAAGACUGCGAGGCUCUCGCAGCCAAACUCAGCCAGAGGGGAGUCCGCGCGGUGCCUUACCACGCUAAGAUGACGCACAGCAAAAGAGCUAAGGUUUCUGCUCAGUGGGGUACCGGGGCUGCGUUGGUUGUUUGCUGCACGGUGGCUUUUGGCCUCGGCGUGGAUCGAGCUGACGUUCGUUUCGUCUUCCACCACUCAAUGCCGCCCUCAAUAGAAAGGUACUACCAGGAAAUAGGGCGAGCAGGGCGCGACGGCCAGCCCGCCCGCUGCAUCCUAUUCUACCUACCUCACGACGCCACGCGGCUAAACAAGCUGCAUGCAGAAGGGGGGGCCCCGUCGCGGGGCCCCCGCAGAGGCCGCGGCAGGAACAGGGGCCCCCCAGCGGUGGCCGCAGCGCAGCAGCUGGCGGCGCCCUUCGUGUUGGGGCCCUCCAAAGAAGCACUCAAGGCUAAGGGGUUAGAGGAGAUGCAGCGCUACUGCGAAGAAGACACGGAGUGCCGGCGGGCCUUUUUGCUGAGGGCUCUGGGGGAGACGCAGCCUGCUGCUGCAGCUGCAGCAGCAAUUUGCAACGCCCAGUGUGACAACUGUUGGAGAAGGCAGAACAGCCGCAUCGAGGAAGUCGAUGCCGCAGAAGCAGCAAGAGUUUUGCUGCUGCUGCUGCAUGCUCACGAUGCAGCAGCAGCAGGUGACGGCCACAAGCCAAAGCCUCUCACCCGCCGCUUGCUGCGCCUAGCGUCGCGCAGUGCCAGCGCGAAGGCAGUCCUAGACAGGGGGGCUACAGACAUGAGUUGCUACGGGGCCCUGCGCGGCCUCAGCUCAGACCAAGUAGAUGUCAUUAUAUGCGAGAUGCUGCGGCGAUCUCUUCUUAAGGAGGAGUUUGUCAAGGGACGGCGGAAGUACAGCGGGACCAGUGUGCUGCUUCCCGGCCCAGCGGCCCACGACUUCCUGUGCGAAAGCCGCCCUUUUGUCCUUCGGGUUUGCGUCCCUAAAGGUGCUCCGAAGCCACUGCCAGCAGCAAAAGCAGCACCAUCUGCAGCAGCAGAAACAGCAUCAGAGGCUACAGCAACACCAUCUAUUGGGCCUAGUGCCCCAGCCCCUGCAGGUGGGACAAAAAGCAAGGCUGGAAAUGGGGAAAGGGCGCCUACACGCGCCGCUGCACCAGCAGCAGCAGCAGCAGCAGUAACAACUUCAAGCACAGCGGCACCAGGACGGCCAGCUCCUAAGUGGCAGCAAAAGCCCCAUUACUUCCCCCCCCAGCCUGUUGCUGCACCCCUUCAGUUCUUUUCUGAAACGGCGACCACGAAUUUUGUGCAGCAGCAACAGCAGCAGCAGGUACAUCCUGCUGCCGCCGCUGCUGAUAGCUGCAGAGAGGCAGCGGGUAGAGUCCAAGCAUCCUCUGCUGCCCAUCAGGGGGGCGGGGGCCUCAGCGCUAGAACCUCCGAGAGAGACAGAGGCAGACGGCGCAGUGCACGGUCAGAUGCGGCGGCAGCAGGCUUGCUGCGUGAUGCAGCAGAAAUAACUGCUGCUGCUGCUGCUGCUGCUGCUCGAGGCGUGUCUCUGGCUGGAAGAGAUUGCGCAGCAUUGCAACAAAGGAGUGGUCCUCCGAUAGCUCCUGUCCGUCCUUCCGUGUUCUACGGCUUCGAAUCAGAUGACGAAGGGACGUGGAAAGCUCCAACAUACUUUUCUGCAGCAACGCCAAGUACGACACCCGCCGCAGCAGCAGCUGCAACUGCAGUGACUGAAGCAGGUGGUGCCACAGCAACAGCGAGGGCUACAGGAGCAGCUGCAGCAGCAGCUGCAGCUCCAGCAGCAGCCGCAGCAGCAGCUGCAGCUCCAGCAGCAGCUGCAGCAGCAACUGCAGCUCCAGCAGCAACUGCAGUAGCAGCUGCAGCUCCAGCGGCAAUUGCAGCAGCGCCAAGAAGUAGCGCAGCAAGUACAGCGGCAGCCCCUGGAGCAGCAGCUGCUUCUGACCUUUCCAGCUCCAUCUCCAAACCCAUCGCGUUGUCAGGCUUGGGAUCAAUCCCCUCCUCAGCAACGAUCUCGGGGUCCCCAGGAGCCCCUGAAGCUCCGCUGGAUCCCGAGGCCCGCAGGCGGCGGCUGGCAGCUCUCAGGCGUAAUGGGGUUUGUGGUGUUCUUCCUUCAAUGUGGCUGUCCUAA